GUCUUGAAGACUUAUAAAAGUUCUGCUCCCUGCCGGGAAAACAGCAAAAGAGGACUAUUAAGGCGCCACCAGUGCCAACAGACUGGCGGACUGUGUCCCAAGAAUAGCUGAAGGCGUCUGAGGCCAGUUCACUGAGAAGCUAAUGGUGUAGCCAAGCUAGAAGACUUUGACACAAGGCAAAGAUCCGGUCCUGGAAGCAUCAGUUCUGUAUCCUCUCCCCCAGAUCCUGGUAACCUGGUAAUCCUGUUGUCUGUGGGACGCUCACUCUGGGUCUCAGGUGGUUUGGACACCCCAGUAGUAACCUGUGCUUUCCUGGUCCAAUCUGAUCCGUGCGAGAUGGACUAAAGCCACAGUUUGUCUGGUUCUUCGUCUGGGAGUCGGAAGGAGGAUUGGGAUGGUCUCACGUGCACACCCCUAGACUAACUGCAGUGAUGAGUUCAGACGAGAAGGGCAUAUCCCCUGCUCAUAAAACAUCCACUCCGACCCAUAGAAGUGCCUCAACGUCCUCUCAGAGGGAAAGCAGGCAGAGCAUUCACGUCCUGGAGAGGACCGCGUCAUCAAGCACAGAGCCCUCCAUCAGUCAGCAGUUCCUGGAGCCGGAGCCCAUCCCCCUCUCCAAGGAAGCUGACAGCUGGGAAAUUAUAGAAGGACUGAAAAUAGGCCAAACCAAUGUCCAGAAACCAGACAGGCACGAGGGAUUUAUGCUGAAGAAAAGAAAAUGGCCUUUAAAGGGGUGGCACAAGCGCUUUUUUGUCCUGGACAAUGGACUGUUGAAGUACUCAAAGGCUCCACUCGACAUCCAAAAGGGGAAGGUCCAUGGGAGCAUUGACGUUGGCCUGUCUGUCAUGUCAAUUAAAAAGAAAGCUCGGAGAAUAGACCUUGACACGGAGGAGCACAUCUAUCACUUGAAGGUGAAAUCCCAGGACUGGUUUGAUGCUUGGGUCUCCAAACUGCGUCAUCACCGCCUGUACCGUCAGAACGAGAUUGUGCGGUCACCGAGAGACGCGAGUUUCCACAUCUUCCCCGCAGCUUCGACAGCCGAGUCCUCCCCGGCUGCUAACGUUUCUGUUGUGGAUGGGAAGAUGCAGCCCAACAGUUUCCCAUGGCAGUCCCCUCUCCCGAGCAGCAGCAGCCUCCCUGCGACAUGCACCACGGGGCAGAGUAAAGUAGCGGCCUGGUUGCAGGACUCGGAAGAGAUGGAUAGGUGUGCGGAAGAUCUUGCACACUGUCAGUCAAACCUUGUGGAACUUAGCAAGCUCCUGCAAAACCUGGAGAUACUCCAGAGGACUCAGUCCGCCCCGAACUUCACUGACAUGCAGGCUAACUGUGUAGAUAUUUCAAAGAAAGACAAGCGGGUCACCAGACGCUGGAGAACAAAAAGUGUCAGCAAAGAUACAAAAAUUCAACUGCAGGAAGGGCCACCUGCGAAGGGCCAGUUCAACACAAUUCGGCGCCGGCAGAGGCUAGCAGCAGCGGUGGCUACAACAGUUCCCUUCAGCGCCACCAUGUCCCCAGUGCGUCUGCAUUCUUCCAACCCCAACCUCUGUGCAGAUACUGAGUUCCAGACCCCUCCUAGCCACCUCACUGACCCUCUGGAAAGUUCCACGGAUUAUACAAAGCUACAAGAAGAAUUUUGUCUGAUCGCACAGAAAGUGCAUUCCCUUCUGAAGUCUGCAUUUAACAGCAUCGCUAUAGAGAAGGAAAAGCUGAAGCAGAUGGUUUCCGAGCAAGACCACAACAAAGGCCAUAGCACCCAGAUGGCCAGGCUCCGGCAGUCACUGUCACAGAGUGAAGGAGCCAGCAAGUCAUGGGCACUCAACCAGAAUGCUGAGCUCAGGAGUCGGCUGAACAGAAUACACUCAGAGUCUAUCAUCUGUGAUCAGGUUGUCAGUGUAAAUAUUAUCCCUAGCCCUGACGAGGCCGGUGAGCAAAUCCAUGUCAACCUCCCUCUGUCACAGCAGGUGGCCAAUGAGAGCCGCCUCUCCAUGUCAGAAUCUGUGUCAGAGUUCUUUGAUGCCCAAGAGGUGCUUCUGUCUGCAAGUUCAUCAGAGAACGAGGCCUCUGAUGAUGAGUCCUACAUCAGCGACGUGAGUGACAACAUAUCUGAAGACAACACCAGUGUGGCCGACAAUAUUUCUCGGCAAAUCCUGAACGGGGAGCUCACAGGAGGUGCCUUCAGGAACGGCCGCCGCACGUGCCUGCCUGCCCCUUGCCCUGACACCAGUAACAUUAACCUGUGGAAUAUCUUGAGAAACAACAUUGGCAAAGACCUGUCGAAGGUCUCCAUGCCCGUGGAGCUCAACGAGCCACUCAACACUCUGCAGCACCUCUGUGAAGAACUGGAGUACAGUGAGCUCCUGGACAAGGCCUCGGAGACUGACGACCCCUAUGAGAGGAUGGUUCUCGUUGCUGCGUUUGCCGUCUCAGGGUAUUGCUCCACCUACUUCAGAGCAGGAAGCAAACCAUUCAACCCCGUCCUGGGGGAGACCUAUGAAUGCAUAAGAGAAGAUAAGGGGUUCCGGUUCUUCUCAGAACAAGUUAGCCAUCAUCCACCCAUUUCUGCCUGUCACUGUGAAUCGAAGAAUUUUGUUUUCUGGCAAGAUAUCAGAUGGAAAAAUAAGUUCUGGGGGAAGUCGAUGGAGAUCCUGCCGGUUGGAACCCUGAAUGUUAUGCUUCCAAAGUAUGGAGAUUACUAUGUGUGGAACAAAGUCACCACGUGUAUACACAACAUCCUCAGUGGGAGAAGAUGGAUCGAGCAUUAUGGCGAAGUGACCAUUAGAAAUACCAAAAGCAGUGUUUGCCUCUGCAAACUCACAUUUGUCAAGGUGAAUUAUUGGAACUCCAACGUGAAUGAAGUCCAGGGCGUGGUAAUAGACCAGGAAGGGAAGGUGGUGCACCGGCUCUUUGGGAAGUGGCAUGAAGGACUCUACUGCGGGGUGGCCCCCUCUGCGAAGUGCAUCUGGAGACCAGGCUCGCUGCCAACCAACUACGAGCUCUACUAUGGCUUCACGAGGUUCGCUGUGGAGCUCAAUGAGUUGGAUCCUGUGCUGAAGGACCUCCUUCCUCCCACGGAUGCCCGAUUCCGGCCAGAUCAAAGAUUUUUGGAAGAGGGAAACUUAGAAGCCGCAGCCGCCGAGAAACAAAGAGUUGAGGAACUCCAGAGAUCCCGAAGACGGUACAUGGAGGAAAACAACCUGGAACAUAUACCAAAAUUUUUUAAAAAAGUAAUUGAUGCAAAUCAAAGAGAAGCCUGGGUUUCUAAUGACACCUACUGGGAGCUUCGGAAGGACCCUGGGUUUAGCAAAGUAGACAGCCCUGUACUGUGGUGAACUGGAGACGUAGAGGUAGCUAACAUACCACACUCCGGAUGAAUAAAUAACUAUGCACAAUUACGUUUCUUAUAGCUGCGCGUGGUUUCUGGGUCGACUGAAAACCUCCCAUUUGCUUUUCUAUUCAUCUUUAUAAUGGAUUUUCAAAAGUGCAUUAGACAAGGCUCCUAACCACUUUUGGAUCCUUUCUGUUUUGCUGCAACCAUAUUCCUUAAAAAGUAAAACACAAUUAAAAGAGAAAAGAAAAGAAAACCCAUGCCCUCCUCGGAAAGCAGACUGAAAGAAGGGGAGUAUAAAAUCCAAGGCAGAGGAGCUGGUCAGGAAGAUCACACUGUAACCGGUGCUUCGCGCGGAUGGGGGGAGUGUAAAAUGACGUACCGCUACACGCUUGGUCUGCUGGCUGAAAGCGUCAUCCCCUACCUUAGAGCUCCUGGGCCGGAGCGGUCGGUUAGUUCAGCCCCAAAGUGUUUUUCGAUGUGGUGUGCUUGUACCAGCCUCGUCAAAAUAGACGUGAUGCUUCCGGAAACCCAUCCCAUCUUUACAUUGUUCAUGCCUUAAGAAAUGCAAAGAUGUACAAUAAACCAUUUUUUUAAAAUGUGUGCUCCUAGGUGUAUGUGAAGGACAGAUCAUUAGAAUCCUGGGGUGGAUUCACUUUCUCCGUCAGAACAUUGAUUCAGCUGAUAUAAGAAGAUUAAGUAAGGAAAAACCUAUUUUCCUUUGUUAAGCGAGUUACCGUGUGGUGGAUCUGAAGGGCAAGAGGGCUAAGGGAUGGUACUCUAAGGUCUCUGCAUCCAGGUUGCUCUUUAAGUAUUCAUCCUGUGUCCAGAUAGUAAACCAUCCACCCUCCAUCUGACCUCACAGUGUGCCCUAGCAUUUGGCAAUGCUGUAUUUUAUUUGGAUACCUGUCAUCAGUGUUAAAACUUCAUUAGGAAGUAACAGACGUUUGGGGCUUCUGCCUGGGCCGGGUGGUACCAUGAAGUACUGCUUUUGAGUGGCACACGAGGCCAUACAGCACAUCCCUGACUCAUGCCCACUCCUUGGCACGGUUCAGAUUCCACAGAGAACAAAAGCUUAUUUGCAUUAUGUAAAUGGAUCCUAUGCAAAUCAUCUUCCUUUUCUAAAGUCAAGCAAUUCCAUAUGAUACAUGGUUACAUAUUAAUCAUCUACCUUGCUAAGGGCAGAAAUAAAAAACUUGGCUAAAAGAAAUUUAUCCAUUCCAAAGGUGGGGGUGGGCAAGCUGUGUUUUGAAUUUUUCAGGUUUUGUUUUUCCUCCACGGGUACACAGACGUUUUUGUAGGAAGCUUGCAUUAGCAUUCCUAAGUUCCUGCACGUACAUGACUCUAUAAAUGCCUGUAUGUUUAAAAACUAAAACUCGGUAGGGGGGCUUCCUAGUGAAUUAGAAAAUUACUUAUAUUUUAUUGUCAGAGUUUUAUUCUUAGAUUCUCGCCAUCUGAAUUUAAGUGUUAUUUUAGACUCUGAUAACAAGGUUAGUGACAUUUUAUAUUUUGUUAAGAGGCACCAAUUUUGGUGUUAUUUCUCCUCAGCAAAGCAUUUCAGAUAAUGGCUAAUUCACCAUUAAACCCAAAGCUGCUGCUGAGAACACGGAGGCGAACUCAGAAGUUCCAGUCUAUUUUAAUUAUCCUAACGUUCUUCUUGCGUCUAAGUCCAUGCAUCGUGUUCACAGCUGGCACUCAUUAGAAUGGACUCUCGCUCCCUCUAAGUUCCCUGAAUCCGCCAGGGCUGAGCUUCGGCUUACAUGGCCCUCUCUUUGCACUCGCUCCUCGAUUUUGAACUCCUGUGUGAAAUCUUAGGUGGUUUGCCUCGCAAUUGUCAGAUCUUCCACUUGUCAUGGACUAUUUUUUUUUUUACUUCAUUCAAGCUAAUGUCCUUUUAUCUGCGCACCUUCUUUCAUGUCUAAAUAUAAUGUGAAUUAGGACCUAAUUAGAAUCCUAUUGGCUUCCUCACAGAAAUUGGUCCUCCCUUGGUGGAGCUUACAGUACGAUUGAAAAUGGGUCUCACCUGUACUUAGGGGUGUUUGCUAAAACUGCCUCACAGUGACUAGGUAAGAAAAGAACCCUGCAGAAGACAGGUGUGCCUAGGAGGGACUGGGGAGCUGAGCUGAUCCAAAGAGGAGAGGGGCUGCCAGUUUAACAAGUGGAGGAAGACCGGGAGCCACCAGGGAAGAAAUGACUGUGCCCAGGGCUUGUGUUAUCUAAGAAGGAGGGAGAAACAGGAGGUAAGGCCUUCGCUGGAUAUAUAGUAUGGUUAGAUGCCAAGUACAGACAGAAAAGGAUGGUCAGGUCCUGCCCUGAAACUAAUUUGGGUUUCAAGAUGAAAAUGAGGGGCGUGUCCUGUUCAUUACAGUCGCGUGUUGCCGUAUCCUCCAUUUUGAAUCUGUUUUGAGAUCCCGAUUUCCAAAUUGUGACCAUCCAGUCCUUGGUUAGGCUGCAGGUUUUCUGUAACACCCGAUUAGCUCACCUCCCAAGGGAACACUCGCUUGUGUUGUUGUCACGGCCCCAUCCCUCCUUGUCUUCACACCGUGGUUAAAAAGUUAUAGCCCCAUUGGAACGUCACUCACAUAACAUUCCGGCUUCUGAAGCUAAACAGUGAAAGGAGAGACUGUUAGCUUAUUCUCCUGAUAAAACAUGAUGUAUUCCUUGGAACUUUACAUAAAUCUUUAGAUUUGGGAGGGCCUUACUGUUUUGCUUUUCAUUACAAAGAUCUAGGAGGGCUUGGUAUGUCUGUGUUCUUCUCCCAUGCUUUACUGCCAAGCUCUCUCCCCUCCGGAGAGAUGGCCAUCAGUAAAGGCAGUAAUUGGUGACAGUAGCCUGAGGGCUUGCCCAGACCGAACUGAUCAAUGGUACACGCCAGCGUUCGCAGAGGCUCACCGAAAACCAUUUGAUGCUCAGUGCUGCUAACCAAGGUGCAAGCUCCCUCUUCAGUGUUGCUGAUGUUUGAUUAUUUUUAAUCGUCAUUAUUUUUCAUGGAUUACUUUAAAACACUGUCUGGUAGUUGUAAAAAAACGAAAACUUCAUUUAAGAUACCUUGUCAUUAUCACGCCAGUUGUGCGUGAGAGCAGGGACUAAAUGUAAUUCUCUGGCUGAGGGAAACCAAGGAAUUUUUGGUACAAAGGAUGCCAAAUUGUCAAUUUCCCAAACCUUUUGUGCUCUGGCCUUGUGUUUUUCUGCAUGACCCCUUACCAGUCCCAAGGAGCUUGGAGAGGGAGGAAAGUUACCUGGAAGAAAACCUGAUUAGCCUGUUUUGCUUAAUACUAAAGAGCAUUUUUGUUACUUUUCUGUGGGUUCGAUUAUCCAUCUUGUCUGCUGCUGUUCUCUGUCAUCCUAGAUACUGGAGCGUUUGUGGCAGCCGAGCUCCACACACCACGGUGUGUAUCAGAUGUUUGCACUUGGCUCAGUGUGUUAUGAAUGUGGUACAGUAAAUACAGUUUGUGUACAAAAUAUUAGUUUAUUUCUAUGAGAGCAAUUAUGUUCGGGAUAUAUAAAAUGUAUCUAAUUAAACCAUUAUGAAUCCA